GCACUAUCGUUAAAGAGGGAAAAAAACGCUCGAUAGAGUAAAUUCUUUUUUCUUCUUUAAGCAGCGAUUUCUUUGUUGUUUUACCGAAUUUUUAGGCACAUGUCUCAACUGUCGCUUAGUGAUCCGAAUGAAGAUGCCAGCUCUGUGAGUUUCACUUAUCCGUUCUUGGAGGGCAUCGACCCCGGUGCCCCUCCAGCCACAAUAACCAUUCCUAACAAGUAUCUGGAUGCCAUGGCCAACAUGGAACGCCAAUACUGGGAUAUCAAAUCAAAGCACUACAACGUCAUGAUUUUCUUCAAGAAAGGCAAGUUCUACGAAUUAUAUGACUACGACGCAGUAAUCGCAAAUCGAGAAUUCGGAUUGAAAAUGGUGUUAGAUACUACGAACCGUGGAAAGAUGCGUCUCGCAGGUGUUCCAGAGCAAAGCCUGAUGGAAUGGGCGCGAUUGUUCGUGUUUCGCGGGUACAAGGUAGGCCGAGUAGAACAAAUGAAAGAGAGUGAAGGGGAGACAUCGGGCGUGAAGUUGAAAGUGAUGCCCCGAGAGUUGAUCGAAGUGUUGACACCAGGAACACUCAAAGAUCCGGUAAUGAUAUCUGAUCACGGAGAGCUAUUUGUUCUCGCGCUCGUCCCUGUGCGAGACGCAGAUGAGGUCACCAUUGAUGCAUUUGCAGUCGAUCUUUCGCGCCGCGUUGCGUUACGAUGCAAAUGCUUCUCUGUCCAAAAUACGACGGGCGCGGAACAACGAGCAGUCAACUCUACCUCUGCUUGCAAAUUAGAAAAAGAUGGAGACGCAACGCUGAAAGAUACUACACUACGUGCGUUGAGCGCGCUGUUGCAGCAGCUGGAUCCUAAGGAGGUGAUUAUGCCGGAGCCGGGCUGGGCUUCGCCGAGUAACGGAGAUGCGUGGUGUUUCCGCGAGGCGAGCGAAACGGUAUUAAAAUGGGUCGCAAGCGAGGGCUAUGUGGUGGAAAAGAUACCCCAGACAUCUUCAGCUGACGGGACAAAAGACUGCAUUCUUGCGGAAGAUGUCAUGAUAAGCUACUUUACAUCACUGCGCCUCAGCAAUGAAAUUACACUUUUCCAAGAGGCCACCGUUUAUACUGCUCAUCUGACCAAUAUGGCGGACAACGGUGUAUCUUCGAAUGACAGUGCGGACACGGCAGACCGGACGACAGGACGAACGACUUCGCUGCUUGAUUACGAGCGUCGGUUUGACAAAGGCCUCAUUCUGGACGCGGCAACUGUGAGCAACUUGGAAGUUCUGACAAAUUUGCACGACGGAACAGCGAAACACUCGCUGCAAGAGUGCCUUAAUCACUGCAGGACGAAUGGCGGCCGACGCCUCUUCCGGUCGUGGCUCCUGCGUCCAUCGUCGAAUGCGCGCGUCAUUGAGGCCCGCCAGGCGGCCGCGCGCUUUUGCGCGCACUUUAAGCUUACCAGCUCGCUUUGUGAGGUGGACGAGCCGCAACAAAUCGGGGAGAAGCGAUCGCGUUCUGGCGAGUCGCCUGACGCUUUUUCUGCCGUUGCUUCCGUCGACUUUGAGCGCUUCCUUUCCCGCCUGUCGGAUAUGAAGCAGAACGACAGCCAGCACAUCUCGUACGUUGAUCCCAUGAUUCAAUAUAAGAAGAACCUCGGCAUAAUUCUGUCAACCGUGCACGCACUGCGCGCGAUGGUGAAAUGGGGACAGCAGUUUUUGGCGCGGUGCCGCGAGGUGGCCUCUGAGCAAGGGAUGAGCAUUCCGCCGUUGCUUGCGGAGCACCUGGAAAACAUCGUCGCGGCCGAGACGAGCACGCGCGUGAUUGAAAGUUUGUUCGACCACGAGGCUGCUGAGGAAACUGGGUUGCUCAUUCCGUCUCCUGGGACUUCUAGCAUGUACGACGCAGCAGCGGAAACGUUGAAACAAAUCGAGUCGAAACUGCACGAUGUACGCCGGCAAAUGCAGCACGAUGUUUUUGGUGGGGCGCAAGUGCACUUCUCCGAUUUAGGGAAAGAUUUGUUUCUGGUCGAAGUCUCCGUCGCCGAUGCUCCGAAGAUGACUCCGCGUGGCCUGGUGGAGCGGGCGCGCAGCUCGCGGAGCGUUAAGUACGUCGUUUCAGCGAUUGAGAGUCUGGUGGAGGCCCAUAAAGAGGCCACGGCAUCGAAGGCCGGCGCACUGCUCACGGUGCUGUGCCAGGUGGCGGGACGCAUCUGUGACGAGUUUCCGCGCCUCUUCACAGCCAGCAGCUCGCUCUCCUACGUCGACUGCUUGCUCAACCUCGCAGCGUGGCAGCAGUGUUUUCCUACAACGUGCUACCCCCAAAUCGUCGCGCAGAACGGCCCGCAGAACAAGGUGGCUGAGGUGCGCGGGUGCGACCUCGUGCAUCCGCUCUUGGCUUCGCAGAACCCAGUGCCGAACACCGUAUGCCUUGACAACAAGGAGGGCCGCGUGCUGCUUCUCACUGGACCGAACAUGGCAGGAAAAAGUACGUUAAUGCGCACAGUGGCCAUUAACGUCCUGCUCGCGCAGCUGGGUGGACCGGUGCUGGGCACGCGAAUGGAGCUGGCCCCGGUAGAUCGCAUCUUCACCCGCAUCGGUGCCCGGGAUGCGUCGCACAAAGGCCAGAGCACCCUCUACGUGGAGCUCAGUGAGACAGCGGAGAUUCUGCUUUGCGCGACGGCGCAAAGCCUGUGCCUUGUCGACGAACUGGGACGCGGCACAUCCACGCACGACGGCAUGGCCAUCGCGUACGCCACCCUGCACGCGCUAACCGAAGCACCGCUGGCGGCGCCGCUGGCCAUCUUCUCCACCCACUACCACGCACUGGCUAUGGAGCAGACGCGCAUCAGCUGUGCGGCGACCGCGCAGACACACGCGCCGACGGUGCAGAUGGGCUACAUGGACUUUGUGCUCAAGUCGGAGGCACCGCCAUCCGUCGCCGCUGCUGCUGCGACGUCCAGCACGAUCCCAGGCGAUCCUUUUGGUAAUGAUAACAGUGAAAACGCCAGCCGCAGCUGCGCCCCGGCCUCUGCGCUGACGAGCGUGGUUUUUCUGUACCGCCUUGUGCCCGGUAUCUGCGCUCGCAGCUACGGUGUGGAGGUGGCACUCAUGGCGGGCAUCCCAGCCUCGUUAGUGCAUCUGGCCAAAUCGAAGUCCGACUCGCUCUCGCGUAACACAGCUUUUCAUGAGGAUUUGCGCAGUCUUUUGAAGCUCACGCAUCUCUAA